AUGGACCGCCUUCACAGGGUCCUGUCCCGGGCCAACAACAAGCCCUUUCGCACCAAGCACCUCGAGACACCAGCCCCCUACCUCAACAACAGCGGCCAUGUCGCUUUUGCGCCCAACGACGUUGAGAACCCGCAGAACUGGAGCACCGCGCGUCGUUGGCAGAUCACCGUCGCCGCCGUCUGGCUCGUCAUGAACGCAACAUUCGCCUCCUCCUCCCCGAGCGGCUGCCUAGGCUCCAUCGCCCAGAGCUUUGGCGUCUCCCGCGUCGCCGCCGGCCUCACCAUCACCCUCUUCCUCCUCGGCUACGUCGCCGGCCCCCUGGUCUUUGCGCCCCUAAGCGAGUUCUACGGACGCCGCUGGAUCUUCUACCUCUCCUUCAGCCUCUACCUCGCCUUUAAUUUUCUGUGCGCCUUUGCCCCCAACUUUGGCAGCCUCCUCGUCGGACGCUUCCUCACGGGCACCUUUGUCUCCGCGCCCCUGAGCAAUGCGCCCGGCGUCGUCGCUGACCUCUGGAACCCCCUCGAGCGCGGCAACGCCAUGGCCGCCUUUAGCGCUCUUGUCUACGUCGGUCCUGCCCUGGGCCCCGUCAUCUCUGGCUUCCUCGAGCUCAAGGAGGACUGGCGCUGGUCCUUUUACGUCCUGCUCUGGCUCGGUGGCGCCUCACUCGUCCUCAUGUUCACCAUCCCCGAGACGCACGGGCCAACCAUCCUGCUGCACAAGGCCAGGCGGAUACGCGCUGCCAAGAUCCCAGGGUUCGAGGACGUCAAGGCUCCCGUCGAGGACAGCGACCGUUCGCUCCUCGCCGUGUACAAGGUCGCCCUCAUCAGACCCUGGGUCAUCCUCUUCGACACCAUUUCCUUCCUCUGCGCCGUCUACAUGUCCGUCGUCUACACGCUUCUCUACAUGCUCUUCAGCAUCUACCCCAUUGUCUUCCAGGAGAAGCGCGGCUGGAACGCGGGCGUCGGCGAGCUGCCCUUGUUGGGCACCGUCACGGGCGCCGUCCUGGGCGGUCUCAUCGUCAUGCUCGACACGCGUCGCCGCAAGCGCAAGAUUGAGCAGGGGGAAGCCAAGAUGGAGGAUCUCGAGCCCGAGGACCGUCUGCCCCUGGCCAUUCUGGGCGGCAUCGGGUUCCCCAUCACCAUGUUCUGGUUCGCCUGGUCGGCGCAGUACAACUCUGUCCACUGGAUCGUGCCCACCAUUGCGGGGGCAUUGCUCUCGACGUCGUUGCUGCUCAUCUUUGUGGGCUAUCUCAACUACCUCGUUGACACCUACCUCAUGUACGCCGCCUCCGCCAUUGCCGCCAACACCAUCUCCCGCUCUCUGUGUGCCGCCUCGGCACCACUCUGGGUGAACCAGAUGUUCAGCGCCAUGGGCGUCGGCGGCGGCGGCUCCCUCAUAGGCGGCCUCGCUGCUGUCCUCGCCGUGAUCCCUUUUGUGUUCUAUAAGUAUGGCAAGCCUAUCCGGGUGCGGAGCAAGUUCGCGCCCACAGAGGAGACCAUGGCGCGCCAGGGGAAGGAUGAGGAGCAGGCAAUGCCGGAACAGGCGCCUACGCACGGGCGGAGGAGCAGUGAUGAAGCGGUCAGCACUGGACCGAGUGCUUGGACAUAA